AACAACAGAUGUUUACUUUUUUCCGCUAAAUUUUAUUUCGUUCUGCUCGAAUCUCGCUUUGACCAACCGGACACUGUGAGCUAAUCGAGACUUUGUCCACUUUGCCCUUUGACCUACUACGUGACUGGUGCUACUCAACUCCCAGCUGUCCAAGCUCCCUGUAGUACGCUAGUUCUCGUGCAAGGCAGCCACCCGACAAUAGGGGGGUCUCAACUCGCCCUUUAUCUCUGCUUGUGACCAACAAAGCCAGAGCGGGUGGCAGUGGACGGUUCUUACUGUGGAGCGCUCUUCCACCCGCUUGUUCCAGAGUUCAAGCCGAUGUUAUGCGACCUGUGAGGUCUGAUUAAAAUGGCGGCUCAGUGUGUCAAAGACAGCCUCGGAAACACCCCAGGCUUUAUCUACACCUGACUGUGCUCCUGGUAAAGGCAUCCCGUUACAGACACUGUUGUAGUUCGAGAAUGCUGUCACGCCCUGAGUACGAGAACUCGUCGCCCGAUGAACCAAGGAAUGACCUCGGUGGUUGGUACACCGGCCCGAGCACUUCUGGAGACCCAAGCACUUCCGGUGGCCCGUCUGACGUCACAGAUGCACCCAAAACCUCGCUGAGAAGAGCGAAACGUGUGAUACCGGAUGAAGAGAAGGACGAUAGAUACUGGGCGAAAAGAAUGCGGAACAACAAGGCGGCCAAGCGAUCUCGCGAAAACAAGAGGACGAUGGAGCUCGAAAUCCGCAACAGGGCGAACCACCUGGAGGAGCAGAACGCACUGCUGACGAAGGAGCUGUUCGUCAUCAAGAGGCAAUACGGCCUGCCGCUGGACAGAAGCAUCCUCUCAGCUGAAGAACAAGCCCAGUGUAUUCAGGAUCUGAAGAACUCCCGAGCCUACCUGGAGAGCCAGGCCUUCAAGAUGGAUCAGACCGAAAACUCUACCUCUCCCGGGAUGUACCCUGUUUCCAUGGCACCCAUGAGUCAUGGCGACAGUGCCGACCUCAACGGGAGGUGCGUGCCACUUACCAGGAGCGACGGUAAGCUAAUGAUCAAAGAAGAGCCACCCGAGAGCUUAUGUUCGGACCCCGGGAAGUUUGUUCAGAAAGGGGACCUGUGUACGGUCAGUUUGGUACGGCCGUCUUGUGGGGAGCAUUGCAUCAGCCGGGGACAGGCUUGCACAAAGGAUACCCAUCUGCUGGUCUUACUCAGCAGCAGACGCCACAACAACCUCAGCAGCAGCAUCUUCAUGUGAACAGCUACGGCCCUGAAGGAAGUCAGGGCGGGCAGUCUAAGCCCUUGUCCGUCACCAUCCCUCCAUCAUCGUCCACGCCUAGUCCCUGUGGCCACAGCGGCUACAACUCUCCCCUCACAGUCGUCACAGACUCCCCGACAGUUACGGUAGGGACAGUGAACAGUGUCAUCACUCCCACCAACACCACUGCCAACAACAACAACAGCUGCAGCAGCAGCAGCAGCUCCAGCUCCAGCAGCGGCUACUACAACGACGCUCGCUCACCCUACGACUGCUUCAUGUCGGCAGCCUAUCCCAGAAGUCAAACUGGUUAUGCAACGAGCAUGCUGACCCCGUCAUCUCUGCCUGACCUCUCGGCCCUUGGUCGUGCAGGCAUGCUCUUCAGACACGGUGUUGUGGCAAGACUGUGCAGAAAGCCGAGCUUCAGGAGGUCAUGACACUGCACGGCCUGCCUCUCGGCUUAGACUUGGGAACCUCGGGACACGAGGGCUAUGGCGUCAUGUCCGGCGUCGCCACGCAUGCGCAGAUAAACAUCGCUUCUUCCUUCCGGUCCCCCUACGGUAAUAAUGCUGAAGGGGCCACGAAGAGGGGUUUGGGGCAAGCACACAUGAUCCUGGCAGCGCACAUGGAGCAGACACGGAAACUGGCGAUGAACAAAUGACGAUAACAGCGAUGGUAGAAUCACAGUGUCGGCCAUACUUUUAUGGUAUGCAGGGUCACUUCCGUUCCAUCCUGUGUUUCAUCUCCCAUCUCUGGGUACAGGGUUAGUUCGUGAGACAGCAACAGGGAAGUCAUUCCGGGUAAUAUCUUAAUCGAGUUGGGUGUCUUGGUGCUCGACAUCUGUCAAUGGUGAUUGGGUUGAUGUUGUCAGAGUAUCAGGGUUACCACGAAUUAUU